AUGGCUGCUAUUUGUGGUUGUCGGCCAGGUGCCAAACCGAUCCUUACAACACCAAACACGUGGGUGCCAUUGCCAAAAGCCAUGGCUACUCGAUCAUCAAACAGAUUUAUUAGCACACGGCAAAUCCAAAGUACUCGUCGGCACACUAGAUGCGAUCGCAUGAGCACUCGAUCAGCGGUGCCGCUACCCUCCGUAACUCGCUCUUACCAUUCACGUUUUCAUGCGCCUCUCCCUACUCACGAGUAUACCAAUUCUCAAUCUACGAUCCUCGCAGCUGCCCUAGAGCACAUCCCCGAGCAUGGAUUCACAAAAUAUUCUCUGAUUAUGGGUGCUCGGGACAUGGGAUUCCUCGACGUAUCGAUACAACUAUUCACAAGACAAGAGAUGGAUCUCGUCCUCUACUGGCUGGCAAGCAGACGUGGGUUGCUACGGGCAAAGGUGCAAAACGGAUUAUUUGAGGGAAAGCAAAUGAGCGUCGAUGAGAAGAUCAAGACUCUCGUUAUUGAGCGAUUGAGAAUGAACAGCCCGAUCAUUCAUCGCUGGCAGGACGCACUUGCGCGCAUGUCAUUAUUAGGAAAUAUCCCUCUUUCCCUCUCCGAAUUACACUCGCUUUCGUCUGAUAUACUAUACCUCGCCGAUGAUACUUCGGUAGACAGCUCGUGGUACACGAAACGUCUUUCACUCUCAGCAGUCUAUGCAAGCGCAGAAGUUGUCAUGACACAAGACACUAGUCCUGGAUUCGCUUCUACGGAGAAGUUUGUUGAGCGACGAUUUGAGGAUAGCCAAUAUAUUGGGCAGAAAGUCAGUGAUGUGAGGUCGUACAUGGGAUUCAUGGCUGGAACAGUUGUUGGUCUAGGACGAAGCUGGGGAUUGAAGAUCUAG